AUUGUAUAAUAACACUGUGCAUGCAGCUGUUUAAUAUUAAUGGUGUAUUGAGGUGUCUCUACCUGCUACAAAAUCUCCCUAGCUCUGUCAACUAUUAUCUACCAUGUUUCAGGCCCUAGCAGUGUUGGUGCUGUGUGCUUCAGUGGUGAUAGCCCAGCCGCCUCGCCCUCCUGGAGGUGGUGGGCAGCAAAGAGACCUUACAUGUGCAGGCAAUAACCUUACACGAUGUCCCAUGCAAGAACCAUUCCAGCCAGUCAUUGUGACAGCUAGCAGCAACUAUCGCCUCAUUCAAACUACAAGCUGUCCCCCCUAUCCACAAAACUGGACCGUGAUGCAAGAGGCGUGCAUAAAUGAUCGAACCAUUGAAAUUCCCCUCACCCCUCGCUUUGCAACAACCCCUGUCCCAAUUGUGACUGCUCUCUCAGAUUUUGACGGAAUCACUUACCUAGAGGCGACUCCGACCCCUGUCCUUGGCUCGAUCGGUCUCUUCGACAACGGUGUAUACAUCUAUGGGAGCAGCUCUCCGUGUGGGUUUGGCUCAGCUUGCCCAACUACAGAUGCAAAUGCUCCAAGCAUAUGGGUGGACGCAGUGGGCUCCGAAGGUGAUACCAUAGACUAUUGUGGGGGACAUCCUACUCCAAUCGACUUAGAGUACCAUGUUCAUUCUGGUGCAACAUUCACUGCUAGUAACGCUGGUCGUGAGCGUUGUGGUCUUCCUAUCGACACUGCUGGACAGCACUCGACUCGUCUGGGAUGGAUGUAUGAUGGAUUUGGAAUUUACGGCCGCUAUUCACUCAACGGUGAAGUACCUACAGACCUGGAUCGAUGCAGUGGGCACACCCACGAGAUUGAUGGAGUUAUGACCUAUCAUUAGGCCACUCCAAGUGACACUCUGGUUUCUGGUCCUGAAGUUUUUCUA